GGAGCCUGCUGUGUUUUAUUAGCGGCUUUAAAAUAUAUAAAAAUAUAGUUUUAAAUUAAACCAAAUUUGUUUAAUUUAAGUAAGAAUUUAUUUUAUUUAUUUUAUUAAAAACUGUUGACUGACUGUUUCAUUUCAGUUUCACCAGGCGGGAUGUCUGCAUCGAUUCAGGGGAGAAAUCAUGUACAAUCACGGAGCAGCAGCGUUUCCAAGCUGGAGCGUCUGAACUCUCGAGUGGUGAAGCUGCUGGAGGCGGCGGUGCAGGAGGUGCUGGAGGCGGUGAAGGAGACGGUGACGGAGUAUCAGGAGAAAACGGCUCGGACUCACCGGGAAAACGUCCGACUGCGUCUGAGGUUACAGGACGCGCUGCACAAACUGGAGAAAGAGAGAGAAGUAUCCAGCCUCGCCUCUGUCUCCCUGUCCGCCGGUCGUCCGUCCUCUCAGCCCGCGCCGACGCCCGAACCCCAGGACGUCCCCUGUUUGAGUCUGGAAUCCGCCGAGGUUCAGACCGACCGUCCGCCUGUCAAACCCGAUGAGGAAGAGGAGGAGAUGUGUGACCUGAAGGUUGCGGUGACGCUCGCUGCUGCGUUUCCUCCAAAACCUGAUCGAGUACAGGGUGCGGAUUCAGAUACUUCAGCUGCAACCCGUACAGCAAACCUGGACGUCAAAACAGAACCCGUUACCCCCGAGUGCUCGUCCAGACAGCAACAACCACCUCCACUUCCACAACAACAGCAGCAGCAGGAAGCACAUCCGAUCCCACAAGGAGUGGUUACCAUCCCAAGCACCCUAACAAACCAACCAGCCAGGCAGGGGGACGUCGACACCAACCUGUACGCCCGGUCGAACCCCACUGCGCUCAGCAGGUCCCCGGGAAGCGGAUGGGGUGUGGCGUCGGGAUUCCUCAGACAGCAGCAGAGUCAGGAGGCGGAGGAGAACCACAUCUGCCUCGUCUGUGGGAAGAGCUUCAGCCGCAUCGGGAACCUGCGGACGCACCAGCGCUGUCACACCGGGGAGAAGCCGUACCGCUGCGUGGUCUGCGGCCGAGGCUUCACCCAGGGCGGAGAUCUGAAGAAGCACAAGCGCGUUCACACGGGCGAGAAGCCGUACUGCUGCGUGGUGUGCGGCAAGAGCUUCAGCCGGGGCGAGAACCUCAAACGGCACCAGAAGAUCCACAUGGGAGAGAGGCUGUUCCGACUAGUGGAGGGAGACUCGUGGAAUAGCCAGCUGAUCUGAUCCAGCCGGUUCGUUUUCUGUGACUGUAGAACGUUCUAGAAUGUCAUUAAACCUUGUAGCACGGCCUCCUAAAAUCAAUCCAAAGUACAUGGAACAGUGGCCUAUUUGCCAAGGUCUUAUAUAAAACCCAGACUGUCAUCCUAUGCUGAGAGGAAAUUUUGAGUGGAGUUUGCAUGUUCUCCGCGUGUCUGUAUGGGAUUCCUUCUGGAGCUCCUGUUUCCUCCCACAGUCCAAAAACAUGCAGUCAGGUUAAUUGGAGACACUGAGUUGCCCUAUAAGUGAAUGUGUGUGUGUGUCUGUGUGUGUGUGUGUGUGUGUGUGUGUGUGUGUGUGUGUCUGCCCUGUGAUAGACUGGCGUCCCGUCCAGGGUGUUACUGUGUGCCUUGCGCCCAUUGAAAAGCUGGGUAGGCUCCGGCACCCCACUGCGACCCUAAUUGGAUAAGCGGAUAAGACAAUGAAUGAAUGAAUGAACAUUGCUGGACACUGUCCACAGUCAAGCAAGCUCUUUUUUUCUCUGUAGACUUAGAGGCUGCUGUGGAAGAAAUAAGCUCCUGCUCUUCUGAUCUUCAUCAGUGUGGUCACUGGUCAGCAACGACUUUAGUGGAUCUUCAAGGAGCUUCUCGUUUGCCCGGUUGCUUCUAAGCUCAUGACUGUGUAAAGCUUGCUUGACUGUGGACGAUGAGCUCUGGGUUUAAGUAGCUUUUCAUUCAUUCAUUCGUUCCUGUUUGCUGGUUCUUGGAUAUAAUCCGACCAACAUUCGCCACAAGGUGAAGGUUUGGGCUGUCUGGCGAACAAACUUGGCAAAGAGACCACUGUUCCAUGUACCAUUCAAAUUAAAGCAGUCAAUCCAGCCGUAUUUAUAUGGACACUGACAAAACUCAACCGUAACCACUAAUGAUGGGUUAAGAGGACACAGAUCUUUGGAAAAACUCAGUCAGUCAUUGAUUCAUUCUGUACGUAAACACACGUAUUCGAUAAACUGACCUUUUUAUAAACGCUAAUUUGCGAAUGUUUGUGGACUAUGUUUGUUGAUUACAGUUUUUGAGUAGCUUUUUAUACAGUGUAAAUGCAACCUGACCAAAUACUUUUGAUUUGCUGCAUUACCAGAACACUUUACUUUUUUUUAGUCAUAUCCGAUUCCACAUUGCACUUGAGACCUCCGCCUUGUGUAAGACACCCAUGCUCCUCCUCCACCACCUGUGCAGCCUCCAACCGCUUCUUUUCACCAGACAGCGAGGGCAGUAGGAGUCGCUUCAUUCUCCGGACCUGGUUAUUUGUGUCUGCAGGGUGGCCGACCGCGCUGGUGCCACCACAGAGACUCGAACCCAGGUCUCUGCACUGGAGGAAGAGUAUAGUCAGUAUUUUGUUUAUCUAAUAAAGUCACUUCCUAAUAAAAGUAACAUGUUGAUCAGGUGA